AUGGCUACAUCAAAGACAACACAAAACGAGCAACCGCCCACUGCCGAUCAGCAAACCGAUUCGUCCAACGCAAAUGAGUCAAAGCAAAUGACUAAGACUUCGAACGACAAGGAGCUCGACCGAUCUGGUGCAGAAUCUCAGCAGACCCCGAUUCAACCACAGACUCAGCAACCUGUCCAGCCAGUUAGUCAAGAGACUGGCAAGAGCAGUGCACCGCGUGUGAGAUUGGAUAUGGACCUCGACGUUGAGCUAGAGCUCAAAGCGAAGAUCAAAGGAGACCUCGAAUUAGCUAUCUUGGAGAACUAA